UUUGUUUCAGGUGUUCUACUGUAACCCCAAUAAUUGACGAUUUCAUAAUCAAUUCCUGAAAUGUCGUCAAUGUACAGGUUGCAAUAAAUUACAAAAGAGAGGAUAAUGAUUUCUCUGACAGCAGGUUAAUCCAUCAAGAUGUCCCUGCUGUAUUCAAGUGAAUCGACCGCAGAUCAAUCCUUGUGCGUAAACAAUUCCACAACCGAAUGCCUGCCUUGCAAAUUGUUCACUAAUGUGACCAUUUCGUUUUUUGGGGACGUCCCCGAUUUGGAUGAGGACCCCAGAAUCGAAGUUCUAAGGAGAUACUCAUACGCAUUCGCGUUGCCGUCCAUAUGCUUCCUUGGAAUCGUAGGAAAUAUUUUUAAUUUGAUAGUAUUAACCAGGAGGAAUAUGCGGGGGCCGGCAUACAUAUACAUGAGGGCUUACUCUCUUGCUGCCCUGCUAGGACUAAUCUGUGUGCUGCCAUUCGCAUGGAGAGUCUUAGUCCACAAAGAACAAGGAAAUUGGGAUCAAGCAAUUCCAGCCUACUACUUCGCACAUUUAGAACUAUUUCUUGGAAAUGGUUCAUUAGGAGUAGGCGUUAUGAUGCUUCUGGCUCUGACGUUAGAACGCUACGUUAGCGUAUGUCAUCCAGGUCACGCCAGACCAAUUCUGGGAUCACCAAUCCGAGUAGUUGUAAUAAUUCCACUAAUAACCACCGCUCUCUACAUUCCUAUACUAUUUAGAAAUAAAGUUAAGACUUGUCAAUUGUUACCAGAAAACAUAAUUAUAUACCAGAGGGUAGAAGACACCAAAUACUUAAAUAACCCAAUGUUUAGUGUAUACAAAGUCGUCUUAGAACUCAUUUUUAAGGUGAUUCCAGUAAUAUUACUUGCAGGCCUUAAUUUAAAAAUUUUGAUUGUCUAUCGAAAUUCAUGUGAUAAGAGAAGAAAGAUGACGUUAAGUAGAAAAACCUCUGGGGAAGAAGAUCCGAAAAAGUUCGCUGAGGAAAGAAGACUUAUUUUACUGUUGGGAUCAACGAGUAUCUUGUUUCUGGUCUGUGUUACCCCUAUGGUUUUGUUAAAUGUCACACUGUCGUAUGCCAACUUGGUGAAAUUUUCGUAUCAGAUAUUCCGCGCAAUUGCCAACCUCCUAGAAAUCACCAACUACUCCCUAACAUUCUACAUCUACUGUUCCUUCUCCGAGGACUUCAGAAACACUUUAUUAAGGACACUUGGACUAAGUAAUACAAAUCCAAUCCGAGGGGGCGUGAAGAUCCCCCAGCCCACAGCGACAACAACUAUUACUCAGCACAAAGGAGCUUGAUAUAAGGCCUGUGAUUGGGUGUAAAAUAUGGUUUUUAUGAUACUUUGUUAUCUAUGUGAAAAAGAGAAAUAGUAGGUAGAUAGAAAAUAGAAAUAGGAUUGGACUACUAACAUCUACGUUAUUAGAAUGAGACUUAUGAACUUUUCCAAACACACAUCUAUAAAAUUCAUACGAUAUACCGGGUGUCCACUUAUAUUUUCCCCCAUUUUAACUGCCUAUAACUUCUAAACGGCUUAAGAUAGAAAUAUGCGGUUUUCGAUGAAAUGUUUUAUUUUACUAAAAGUUUUGUCUAAAUAGAUUGAAUUUUUUAUAUCGCUUUCAAAUACGAGAAGAAAAAUGGCGGAUUUUUGAAAAAAACGUUGAGUUUUUUGUAAUGGAACAUCCAGUAUAUUUUUUUGUAAAUUGAAAGAAAGGUCAUUCACCUAUCCAUCGAUAUAAAGUUUUUCAAAAUCGGUUGUCAAAUCACUGAGUAAUCAAUUUUUAAAAUGAACGGUGCAACGUGGAUAUCACAUACCUAAAUAACAUAACUAAGCAAAAUGAUAUUAUGUCAUUUGAAAACCGAUAUUAAAAAAUUUAAUAUCACUGGAUAGGUAAAUGACUGUUUCUUCAAGCUACAAAAAAAUAUACUGGGUGUUUCAAUAAAAAAAGUCAACAACGUUCUUUUUUCCAAAAAUCCGCCAUUUUUUAUUUAAAAUCAACAUAAAAAAUGGUAAUUUACCUAAAAACUUGAAAAAACAGUCAUUUCCCUAUCCAACGAUAUAAUUUUUUUUAAAAUCGGUGGUCAAAUAACUGAGAAAUUAAUUUUUAAAUUGAGAUAUGCAAUGUGGAAAUCACAUAAUAUAACAUAAUAACAAUUUUGUUUAGUUAUGUUAUUUAGGUAUGUGAUAUCCACGUUGCACCUCCCAUUUUAAAAAUUAAUUACUUAGUGAUUUGACAACCGAUUUUGAAAAGCUUUAUAUCGCUGGAUAGGCGAAUCACCUUUCUUUCAAUUUACAAAAAAUUAUUGGUUGUUCCAUUAAAAAAAAGUCAACAAAGUUUUUUUCAAAAAAUCCGCCA